AUGGAGCUUGCCGUUAUGCUUCGGAGUCCCAGCUCCACCCUCAUCGAGGCCUCGAAGGCGGACUGGACUCGGGCGAGCUCCACGCUGAUCGGCGACCAGUCGGCACCCGUUGCGGCAGACGUCGCCGAUGGCCCCGCAGGCCCAGCCAAGUCUCCGUUGGCGGCGGGCGAGGCGGAGGACCAGGACGAGGGGGCAGCGCCGCUAACAGCGCGAGCGAGGACGAGGCGAAGGGGCGAGGACCAGGGCGAGGACGAGGACCAGGGCGAGAGCGAGUGCGAGGACGAGGACGAGCAGGCAAAGGCGGAGGACGCGUCGGAGGGGCUGGAAGGCUCGUUGAAGUUGAAGCCGAAGACGAGGGCGCAGCGCCGCCGCCAGCAGCGCCAGCACAGAAAGGAGCAGGAGCUGCUCAGGCGGCCUCUGGUCCCGGAGGCGUCGUCGGUUCCGCGGCCGAACCGCCUGAUCCGCCAGGGGCGCGCCCAGGGUCCGCCGGCCGACGGCAGCGGUGAGUGA